UAAUAAUCUCCCUCCGUAAAAUAUUUUUUUACUCGGUGCAAGGAAAACGUCCUUUUAAAGUUGCCGCUGUCCAUGGUAACGGCUGUGAUAGGCUGAACCCGGGGAAGAAAGAAGCUAGCCUGGUUCAGAGUAACAGCGGUGCUGGAGAGUACACUCGUUGUCGGAUAGCUCCAGCCAAAACGGGACAUCGAACAUUUUUAUAUUUAUUUAUUUGGUUCGCUUCUAAUCUUCGUCUCAAACAAGAUGUGACUAUUUUCAGAGAACAGACUAUAGGCUACCGUAGAAUAUUCAUGUGGUUCAGGGUAGCCGGGAGAGAGAACACCGAGGUGUUUUCUGCCAAUGGAAGUUAUUGUUGUGAAUUGUUUUGACUAUGUUUUGCCGAAGUGAGUUUGUUUUUUGUUUGUCUCUGUUCGUCGUGGACCUAUAAUCUGGAAUCUAUCGACGAAAUUCAGAUAAUCGAGGGAAAACGUGAGCGAGGAUUCUACAAAACCAGAGAGCUCAUAACAGACCGGGGAUUUAAAUCGUGUUUCGUGUGCUCCGGGAGAAGCGAGAGUCAAAGAAAGAAAUUCAUGUGGCCAUUCUCUCUUUAACAAAACAUUUUGGAUUGCAGAAUGAGCAAGGAAAGACCUAAGAGGAAUAUCAUCCAAAAGAAAUACGAUGACAUAGAUGGGAUCCCCUGGUCAGAGGAGAGGGAUGUGAGGAAGGUGCUCUAUCUCUCACUGAAGGAAUUCAAGACUGCUCAGAAAAGGCAGCUCGGAGAUGGCCUCGGUGAUGGAACUAAAUACACUAAUGGUUCUCACAGCCAGCUCAAAGGCUCGGGACAGAAGGGCCAUAAGACUGAUGGUUCGCGGUCUCAAAGCACUGAUGGCAGCAGUGAGUACUCUGAGGACGGCCCUGCCAAGAAGAGGCCCAGGCUGCAGGCACAGAGGAAGUUUGCCCAGUCUCAGCCCAAUUCUCCCAGCACCACCCCGGUUAAAGUGUCUGACGCCAACCUGCCCGCCCCUUCCGCUCUCAUAACGGACAUUUCUAGACGGAAACCCAAGACUGAAGACUUCCUCACCUUCCUCUGCCUGAGAGGUUACUCCUCGUGGCCAAAUGAAGGCUCGUCAGCAUUGCCCAGUAACAUGACAUACUUUGGGAGCUCUCAGGACGAAGAUGAGCUGGAUGAUGACGAAGAGGAGUACGAGGACGUGAAGCCGGACGCCAGCGCAGGGUCUGCCUCCUGUCAUUCCACACCGCGAAAGGGCAAGCCCCCCGGAAAACACACCCUCAACGGCCACGUGUUGAACGGACACACCAAGGCCACCAGGGACAGCCCCAAGCCAAGAGGAAAGGAGGCGGUGCAGGUCAGGGAGCGCAGUGAAAGGGCCGAGGCCCGGAGGGAGCAGGCCCUCAGCCAGCUGGGGGCCACAGCCAGGGGCCACCCCUUAGCCAGGGGCCACACUACCAACGGACUACCACACAGGAGGGCCGCAGAGGAGCUCCGCAAGCAGGUCUCCAAAGUGAACGGGGUCACAAGGGCGUCCCAGGUGGGCGUGCACGCGGCCGGUGCCAAAAAAAUCAAAGACUUCAGACUGCCGUCUAAAACUGUGAAAUACACAGCCACUGUGACCAAGGGCCACGUGACAUACACCAAAGCGAAACGAGAACUGGUCAAGAAAACCAAACUAAACCACAGCAAACACAGUGCUGCUGCCCCCCGAGCCCCCAGCAACCACCACCUCCACCUCCAGCACCGACUGCCCCUCUCCAACUCAGGAAAAGCCCAGAAUUGCAACGCAAAAACACGCAAACAAGUGCUACUAUCCAACGGGGCGCACAAGGUGGCCAAUGGGGGCGGAGUGCACCUGAAUGGCCGGCUCAACGGGCUGCUGUGCGCCAAACAGGGCAGGCAGGGCCGCGAAGGGCUGAGGAACUCCAAACGGAGGCUGGAGGUGGCGGUGGCGGCCAUCGGGGCGGUGGCUGACUCGCAGGGUAAGCUUGUGGUCCUGGAGACCAACCCCAAUCCGAAGAAGAGCAAACCGCAGCCGAGCGGCCCUCAGGACAUUAAGACCAAGCACCAGACCAGCCCCCUGGAGACGCGGAGUAAGAAAGCCUGUCAGGACAGCACCUCAGUCCCCAACGGACACAUCGUCAUGGAGAUUACCCCUCCACCAACGGUGCUAGCCCCACCCCCACCCCGGACUCCUCCCUCCACGCCACCAGCCAAUCCGGAGCCGGAGCGUCAGCGGCCCAAGCGGGCGUCGGCCGGCAGGCUGAUGUUCAUCCGACAAGCACAGCAGCGGGCGCAGGCCGCCUCGAACCCUAACCACAACAACACCCACAACCGCUCAGCUACCUCAGAGUACCCCGGUCACACCCCCGGCCACACCCCCGCCCACACCCCUCACAAACCAGCAGAGCCCCGGCCUGACAGGGAGAAGGAGAGGGAGAGGGAGAAGGAUAAAGAAAGGGAGAGGGAGAGGCUGGAGAGGAGCAGGGCAAGCUGGGCGGCGAUGGGGGAGGCUCCGGUGUUCCGACCCGACCAGCGGGAGUUCCAGGACCCCCUGGUGUACCUGGACUCUGUACGGGAGAGGGCAGAGUCCUUCGGACUGUGUAGGGUUCUUCCGCCAUCUGACUGGCGUCCGGAGUGUAAACUGAACGACGAGAUGCGCUUUGUGACACAGGUACAGCGCAUUCACAAGCUGGGCCGUCGCUGGGGCCCCAACGUACAGAGGCUAGCCUGCAUCAAGAAGCACCUCAAAACUCAGGGCAUCAACAUGGAAGACCCCCCUCUUAUUGGUGGCUGUGAGGUGGACCUGGCUCGGUUCUUCCAGCUGAUUAAUGACAUGGGCGGCAUGCAGCAGGUGAUGGACCUGAAGAAGUGGAGUAAACUGGCCGACCUGCUCCGGAUCCCCAAGUCAGCCCAGGAUCGCCUAGCCAAGCUGCAGGAAGCCUACCUCCAGUACCUGCUGUCCUACGACUCCCUGUCGGCCGAGGAGCACCGGUGCCUGGAGAGGCAGGUGCUGCAGGAGAAAGAGGGCCUGGAGCGCCGCAGGGGGCCCCUGGAGGGCCACACGGAGCGGAGCCUGACCCUGCCGCGCUUCGAGCCCAAAAACGGGCUGGCAGGCAGCCUGGUGCAGCGCAGCAACGGUCAGCUGUGCAGCCGGCUGAAGGAGCUAGACAGUCAGCAGCUGAAGGCAGGACGCCGGAGGCUGUUCGCUCAGGAAAAGAAGAACGAUGACAAGGCGCAGCUGGAGGAAGAGGAGGAGGAGGAGGAGGACAAGGGCGUUCUCAGUGACCAGCACAAGUGUAUUUACAAGGGGAAAUCUGUAUCCCUCACCAACUUCUUUAGGAUAGCCAGGAACACCAUGACCAUGUGCUUUAACAAGGAGCCCGGAGCUGCUGAAGUCGAGCAAGAAUACUGGAGGAUAGUGGAUCAGAGGGACUGCCAUGUGGCAGUGCAUUAUGGGAAAGUGGACACAAACACACACGGAAGUGGCUUCCCCGUGGGAAAGUCGGAGCCAUUUUCUAAGCAUGGAUGGAACCUCACUGUCCUCCCCAAUAAUUCUGGAUCCAUUCUGCGGCAUCUUGGUGCUGUGCCUGGGGUGACCAUUCCCUGGCUGAACAUUGGCAUGGUCUUUUCUACCUCAUGCUGGUCUCGAGACCAAAACCGCCUUCCAUACAUUGAUUACUUACACACUGGUGCUGACUGCAUUUGGUAUUCUAUUCCUGCUGACGAGAAGGUAAAGCUUGACAAGGUGGUUCACACACUGCUACAAGCCAAUGGGACCCCGGGCCUGGAGAUGCUGGAGAAGAACAUCAUGAUCUCUCCAGAAGUGCUUUGUCGGGAGGGUAUCAAGGUCCACCGCACCGUUCAGAAGAGCGGCCAGUUCGUUGUCUGCUUCCCCGGGACCUUCGUGGCCAAGGUCUGCUGUGGCUACAGUGUGUCGGAAACGGUGCACUUUGCCACCCCUCAGUGGAUGAACCUGGGAUACCAGGCUGCUAAGGACCUGAAAUGCCGGCACAUAGCCAAACCUUUCUCCAUGGAGAAGCUACUUUACCAGAUCGCCACGGCCGAAUCCAAACGCGAGAAUGGGCACAUUCUGACUACGAUCUCCGCCCUUCUCAAAGACCUCAGGAACAUAGAGAUGAGACAACGUCAGGAACUGUACGAGGCUGGGCUUCUGUCCUCCGCCCGGUACGGGACACACGACAACAACCUGGUGCCUGCUGAUGGACGCAAAAAACCCAGGAAGUGGCUGGCCCUGGAGACGUCAGAGAGACGCUGCCAGACCUGCCAACAUCUCUGCUACCUAUCCAUGGUUGUCCAGGAGAAUGAGAAUGUGGUGUUCUGUCUGGAGUGUGCUCUAAGAUAUGUGGAGAAUCACAAGUCCUGCAGAGGCCUCAAGAUGAUGUAUCGUUAUGACGAGGAGCAGAUCAACAGCUUGGUGAACCGGGUGUGUGGCAAGGCCUUGGUGCAAACCACGGAGAACUGUAACGGUGCGAGCCCCUUUAAACCACCGGCCAAACGUGGGCCCCGGAAGAGAGCCACGGUGGAGGUGUCGCUGUCCCACCUCUCCUCCCACAUGUCCCCCGCCGCCGUCUCAUGAAGACCCCCCCCCCCCCCCCCCCACGCCCCCGCCCCUCCCUCUCGGUUUGGAGGAUCUGUGUUGUCCUUUUUAAAGAGAAAGUGUUUCCGGUUUUUAAUGCCCCCCCCCCCACACCCACCCCCCUUAGUAUGGCAACCUUGUGAAAGCAAGCUGUCUUUUUUGCACUAGCGUGAAAAACCUAUUUUUUUCCCCCUUUGUUCAAAUGUUGUUGUUUUUUUGGUCGGAUUUAGUUGCGGUCGUCCUUAGCAUUAAUUAAAAAGUUCACAGGGAAAUGUUGUGCCCUUUUGCACCCGACCCCUCAACAACUUUUGAGGAGAGGCUCAGUUUGGUGCUUCCCCCAGAUGACUGCAGUCAGCCCCUGUCAAUUACCUGUGAACGAAGGGACGAACUGAGAAGGCGCUCCUUUUUUUUCAUUUUAAUGAAAUAACUAGAACCCAAAGUUUACUCUAUCUUUCGUUUUUGAAGAAGAGUUUUUUAUUUUUGUUUUUCUCCUCUGCCUGCAGUAGCUGUGGUUGUUCAGGGCCCGAAGCUGCCUAACCCACGCCAGGUAUAACUUGAAAGGCAGAUAUGUUUUGGCUGGCUGUUUUUAUUGGAUUUUAGCUUUGAUUUUAGAUUUUGAGAAAGUCUUCUGUGUUUAUUUUGUGGUUGUUGUUUCUUUCCCUUGGUGGCUGUGAAUCUAGCGGUCCCGUGACUGUAUGUCAGAAACACAGGAUGAGGUGCCGCUGGUCUCUGUCCCCAUAGCGAGGGAAAACUGUGCCUGAUACUUAGCAAGGAGAACCAUUGUUUUUGGUGCUGUUGGUUUCUAUUACUGUAACACAAUACAAAAGAAAGUUGGGGUGCUGGCUUGCUACUAGCCUCCACUCCCACAGGACGUUAGCCUGUAGGCUCUCUGGGGUUCUAGGUUCUCCUCUCCCCUGGGGUCAGGUUCUAGGUUCUCCUCUCCCACAGGGUUAGGUUAAGGUUCUAGGCUCUCAUUUCCCACAGGGUUAGGGUUCUAGGCUGUCCUCUUUUAGAUGUGCAAUCAUGUUAACAUUCCAUUCUUCCAGUCCUAUUGUUUAAUCUGUACCAGUAAACAUUAAUUAUUAUAUUAUUAUUAUAUUAUUAUAAUUAUUUUGUGUUUUUGAAUAAUUUUCUGUGUGCAAGUAGAGCCACUAGUCAAAGGGUGUAAAAUGUGAAAUAUGGAAAUCCAAGUUCUUUUUAUUUUAAUAUUAUUUUUUGCUUUAUGCAUUUUUCCCUUUUCAGAUAUAUUAUGACUGAUUUCAGAAGGAAGUCCAACACAUACAACAUCAACUUUUGUACAUAAUCCUGUAAAUGUCUUUAAAUACUUGAGCCUUUUCUGGGGGUGAAGGAAAGAAUAAUACCUCUAAAGGUUUUAGAGGAAGUGAGUGAUGAAGAAAAAGCCUUACGUUUCAGUUUCUUCAUCUGUGUGAGUUUAAUGCUUACAGGGUUGCUCUGGUUGUGUGGAUACAUUUAAGUGCUGCUUACAUCACUGAGAGAAUGACAUGGAGUAGCCAUGGCCCCCUAUUUUUUAUUUUUUUUAGCUUUACUUUUUUUAAGAAAAGGGAAAAUAAUUUCAUAAAAAUUUCUUUCUACAUUUUCAUUACUGAAAAUGCAACAAUGUAGUAGCUCCUCAUGUUGCACUGAGCUUGCCAGUGGUGGCUGACAAGGUAAUCCUAUAAUCCAGUUUGUUGGUUGUUGUCCUUUACAGAAGACUGAACUGUUUAGGAGUAUUUAAUGAAAAACAAGUUGUUUGUUUUCAACAAAAAGGUGGUUGUCAAGUUUUUAUGGCCUUACAAUGUAUUUUAUUCAGAUUUUUGUUUUGCAGUUUCUCCUUUUUCUACAGUAUAAACUGUUGCUCACAGUCUGGCAAGUUAAUUUAUUAGCACUGCGUCUCCAUCUUUCCUUCCACUUAGAAAGAUUUCAUGUUGGUUAUAUUUUUUACUUUUGCAGUUUGUACUUGAGGUUUAAUAAAAACGUACAGACAAGU